CAAAGUUAUUCCUGGAAAUUUCACUAUAAACGAUCACCAAAGAGCCAAAGAGAAAGGUUCCGUGUGAACUGAGAAUUUGGGUCCACUACUAAACAUAAGGCAUGGUGGGGUUUAGUUUUGACACCCGGUCAUUGGAUGAAUGGCGUGACUGUCUAAGAGAUAUCAACUUCUGGCGGAACGGAUACCUCAACAGCCGUGCAUAUAGUAAAUUGGAACAAAAACUCAAUUGGUAUACGCACGUGCUGUGCAAUGUUGGGGUCGGACCUACAGCAUGUUUCACACGAGCUUUAUCAAGCAUCGCUCGGGAGGUACGGAUCAGGGCAUUUGGUCCCUUUGAUACCGUAAUAGAGGUAGACAUGAAGCAAGCAGCAGCAGUGCUAGGAAUAAGCCUCAACAUUUAUGAGAAGCUGGCCAUCAAAGUGGCAGAGGAGCUCGGGCUACUCGACCAAGAAGAAUACAUUAGGCUCAAGGUACAGGGCGAUGAGCUGCGGUACUAUGCCUAUGGCCUAGACACAGGAUCACUGUCGAGCCUGUCAAGAUCAGCAAUUCCUAAAAUAAUCCAAGAGCUGUCUACGAAGAGGUAUCUGCUGGUGGUUGACAACCUCUACGAGCCCAUCGAGCUUGAUGAUUUCACACAGGAGGUAUGGCUUCCUCCUCCUGUGUGGAAUAACUCUGUUUGGCUCGUAUCCUUCACCUCUCAAGACGUCUAUAACAGGAGCAAGCCGGAUUAUGACUGUGUCAUUGAAUCUUUUAGUGGGGAUGAUAUACUGAUGCUUAUUCUCCACUCACUGCAUCAAACGGCCAAGUACAUCUUGGGCAGGAUCGGACACAAAGAUGUGAAGUAUUGGCACCUCGUGGCCCUCCGGUGCUUCCACUACGCCGUCAUGCUGCUCGCUCUCCACUGUUCAUCGCCCCAUAUAGAUGGGGAUGAGCAGAAUUCUGAUGCACCGGCCGAUAUUACCUCAGACGAGCUGAUCCGACAAUGGGCCGCCCAAGGCAUCCUCCUACCUGUCAUCAAGCCAAGCGUCAAAGAAAGAGCAGGGGAGGUGACAGACGGCUACCACGGAAGAUACAAUGGUAACAAUAUAUAUCAAGUUGGAAAUGUCAUCCUCGAGGCUUUUCGGGAGUAUUCCUUGCUGCAGCUGCCCUUUUUACCUGCAACUAAAGCUGAUGAACCCACUGAUACUGCUGCACACUUCUUAGUAUAUCACGGCCUCGUUGCAGAGCAGCUCACAACAGAUUUACUUUGCGACGACAGUCAUCCUGGGUUGGAGAGCAUGCAAUGGAUCACACAUGUGGGUGAUCGGCGGCAAGGAUGGCACGUAGGCAGGGAAUGGUUGAGCCAGGGAGGCAAUGGCCCAACCGCACUCAUUAUAAGGCAUUGCUCACAUCAAUCAAGUUUGUUUGCAAAGCUUGAUAAUAUUUUGGCUAAGCUGCCUUGGCUUCGUGUUCUUGAUCUCUCCUGCACUCCACUAGAAUCACUCCCUCCUUCAAUCUGUUGCCUCCAAGAACUACGAUUGCUUUCCCUCAGGGGCUGUCAUAACCUCACAAGUCCGUUCGACUUCCCAGAUACUGAAACAACCCCUUAUGAGAAAACCAUAAAGAAAAAGAUCAGCUUGCUCUACCUCGAUCUCUCCCAUUCAAAUAUCAAAACUUUCCAUCGUGACUUCUUUCAUAACAUGCCUAAUCUACAAGAGCUCAUGCUUGUCAAAUGCUCCAACCUUGUGGAGUUGCCACCCUCCAUUGCUGCAUUGUCGAGUCUAACAACACUCGAGCUCACUGGGACGCAAAUAAAAUCUUUUCAUGGGGAUAUCUUUGAAAAAAUGAAGAAGCUUCGAUCCCACAAGCUAAUUGACAACAAGGAAUUGUCAUUGUUCCCAGGGUCAAUAUCUAAAGUCCAUGGCUUGAUCGAUCUACAUAUUGAAGGAUGUGAGUUGAGUACGGUGCAAGAGGUAAUACUGGAAGGGCAUCCUACCCUGAGAUCAUUCUCACUGAUUGAUGCAGCUCAUAUAAGGCGAUUGUCCUUGCGCGGAUGUAGAAAGCUUGAGUCCGUGGACAUAAAGAAGGUUGGUGCGUUGGAGGAGCUUGAUCUGUCUGCUACGGCUAUCAAGGAGCUCCCAGCCAACAUCCCAAAUCUGCCCCAGCUUAGGCGAUUGCUUCUCAUGGGCGUUCCAUUUCUAAGAAGAUUUCCUUGGCAUCAGCUGCAGAGACUACCAUAUGAGUUUUGCUUGGAUCAAUGCUCGGAUCGUAAUGGCAAUAAUUACAGUCCACAAGUUGCUCAAGUAUGCGUCAGUGAGUCAAGAAUGUUUUAUAGCUUCAACGAUGCCACCAUGAAUUUGGUAAAGGGUGGACAGCUUUUGAAGUCUUUCCACCUUCGAGUUACAUCAAGCAAGGAAAGAACUAGGAAGGUGCAGGAUGAAGAGGACAUGGUGACCAACUACAUGCUUCAGGUAUCAGUGUCUGCCUAUGCUGAUGUGAACUGCCACUAUCUUGCAGAGGGAGUCUCCAUGGUGUCAAUGGACGUCGUACCUCCGUUUCGGGAGACCCAUCGUCAUGUGGAGAUAUCAGCAGUGGACCGGUAUCCCACCGGUCUAAAUUAUCUCCUGCGAGUCACCAAAUCGAUUAGCAUGAUGUAUGAUACUCACGUCUACUGCCUCGAUAAUUUGACUGGUUAUUUUGAUGAGCUGGAGGAAUGCAAGCUCCUACGGUGCCAUCGCAUGGUACAUGUCUUUCAGGGAGGGUGCGCGGGUGGCGCGGGCUCUCUGAAGAACGCAUGCGUCUCGCAUCUCAAAAGUCUAACUCAUUUCUACAGACCAUCGGCAUGGGCAUAUGACUUCGGUGCACUGAAGCACCUCCGCCUAGAGCACUGCCCGAGGUUGGAGGGCGUCAUGCCACGUGAAACCACGCUGCCAAGUCUCGUGACACUUGACAUCCUCUUCUGCUACAACCUCAAGGAAAUUUUCUACGACAACGGUGAACACUCUCCGUACCAGCUCCCGUGCCUACGAAGUGUCCGUCUCCAGGAGCUGCCACUGCUGGAGCAUCUCCGCGUCGGCGAUGACAUCCUGAUCGCGCCCGCCUGGGAGGAGCUCUACGUCCGUGGGUGCUGGAGCUUGCGCCACCUCCCACGCCUGCGCCAACGACCAGGCAAGGUGAAGGUGAGCGGGGAGCGAGCCUGGUGGGCCAAGCUGCACUGGGACGACGAUGAGGCACCUCCACGCCGCGACAGCUACGAGCCAAGGUUUCCCCCGGCUUUCGCCUCCUUGCGCGAGCGCGUCGUCAUCAAGACCUACCUCAGAUGA